CAAACAGAGACUGCCAAAACACAAAACUCUUCCAAUGAAUUUAAUAAUUUUCAGGUUUGAAGGAGUUUUGAAGCUUUCCCCCUAGGAAUCUAUGUCUGACAUAAUGUAAUCUUGAUAAACUCUAUGAAUGGAGAGUCUAUUCAUGGAGUGAGAACGGCCAUGGACGUUGCUCUUUCCCCAAUAAUGGCAGCUUCUUCAGGCCUUUUGCCUUCUGGGUCUCUGCUGCAAUCAUUAAUUCUUCUAUCCAAUGAAGUUGCCUUUGAGGAGAACUCUCCUUUUGUGCAGGCUAGGACUAUCUCAACCAUGAGAAGAAGAAUCAAGCUCCUUGCUUUCUUAUUUGAAGAGGUUCAAGAAUCAAAUUGUGCUCUUCCUCUAUCUUCCAUUCUUUGUCUCACUGAACUCUUUUCUGUAAUCCGAAGAGUUAAGAUUCUGAUUCAAAGCUGCGAGGAAGGAAGCUGUCUAUGGAGCUUACUACAGACUGAGACCAUUUCCAAUCAGUUUUAUCAGCUAGUGAAGGAGAUUGGGAGGGUACUUGAUAUUUUUCCUCUCAGCUUGCUUAAAUUAACAGAUGAUACGAGAGAACAGGUGGAGCUUCUUCACAGGCAAGCUAAGCGAUUGGAGUUUUCAGCCAAUGCUCGAGAGAUUCAAAGAAGAGAUGAGCUUGUUCAACUAAUGAGCAAAAACAAGGAGAGGAACUACAAGAACAAAGGUUUGGCAGAAGUGGGAAAAGUCGAAGAGAUUUUCAGUAGUGUUGGGCUGAGAAGCCUGAUGGAUUGUGAUGAAGAAAUAUCAAAACUAGAGGCAGAAGCCUUUAAACAAGCAGGAGCAGGUGGAAUAACUGUGGUUUCUAACAUAAACAAUCUCAUCUCUCUUGUUAUGCAUUCCAAAACAGUGAUCUUCAGUAAGAAAGAAAAUGAGAAUGCUGAGGAAACAUUCAACUUACAGUUUCAACACUCAAACAAGCAUUUAGAUCAUUCAUCUUCUUCUAAAUCAUUGGUUCCAAUUCCAGAUGAUUUUCGCUGCCCCAUUUCACUAGAUUUCAUGAGAGACCCUGUAAUUGUAUCGUCCGGACAUACUUACGAUCGUUAUUCAAUAGCCCAAUGGAUUGACUCAGGGCAUCAUGUAUGUCCCAAGAGUAAUCAGAGGCUAAUUCAUAUGGCCCUCAUACCAAAUUAUGCACUCAAGAGUUUGAUGCAACAGUGGUGCCAAGAAAACAACAUUAGUAUGAAUGAACCUAAAAAACCAUAUUCUUCUUCCUACGAGUUGGAGAGAAGCAACAGAAAAAGUUACCCUUCUGAAGAACCGAUCGAUCACAUUUCUGCAUCCAAAGCAGCUUCCGACACUGUCAAAAUGACAGCCGAGUUUCUGGUGGGAAAACUUGCAACAGGGUCACCAGAUAUUCAAAGACAAGCUGCAUAUGAACUCCGGUUACUAGCGAAAAGUGGAAUGGAUAACCGAAGGAUGAUUGCCGAAGCAGGAGCGAUACCGUUUCUGGUGACGCUGUUGAAAUCCGGUGAUCCAAGGAUCGAAGUGAAUGCAGUGACUGCAUUGUUCAACCUUGCAAUCUUCAACAACAACAAGAUCCUGAUAGUGGCAGCAGGGGCGAUAGACAACAUAACACACAUCAUAGAAUCAGGGAAAACAGUGGAAGCAAGAGAAAAUGCUGCAGCAACACUAUUUAGCCUAACCAUGGUAGACGAAUUCAAAAUAACAAUAGGGGCGAGUCCGAAAGCCAUACCGGCAUUGGUGAGGCUCCUGAAGGAAGGCAAUCCAGUCGGGAAGCGAGAUGCCGCCACUGCACUUUGCAAUCUAGCACUUUACGGUGCCAACAAAGCUUGUAUCGUAGUUGCUGGGGCAGUGCCAUUGCUGAUUGACUUGCUAACAGAUGACAAGGCAGGCAUAACAGAUGAAGCCUUGCAGGCGCUCUCCCUGGUUAUGGGUUGCUCAGAAGGGCUGCAGGAGAUAAGAAACAGUAGAGUUUUAGUGCCUUCGCUCAUUGAUCUUUUAAGAUUUGGAUCUCCAAAAGGGAAAGAGAGUUCAAUUACACUGUUAUUGGGGCUGUGCAAGGAUGGAGGAGAGGAAGUUGCAAGGCGCUUGUUGCUAAAUCCUCGAAGUAUCCCUUCUCUACAAAGCUUGGCCGCAGAUGGAUCAUUGAAGGCCAGAAGAAAAGCCGAUGCAUUGCUUAGACUGCUAAACAGAUGCUGCUUUCAAUCUCUCAGCCAUGUUGAAAUGCAGAAUGUAUAGAUAAUCUUGCAGAAGUAUAUA